AUGAAGUGUCUUGCUUCUGCAGCAGACCAAGCAUCUGCAACACCUGUUUCAGUGCUGUGCCAUCAGGACAACACCAUCACUGAGGAACAGCAAGAUGAAGCUGCAGCUGUGUCCAAGUCAGCACUUGCUGAAAGUCUAGGCAGUUUUGUCAUUGUCAGCUACGAAGAUUGCCCCUUUGUGGGCCAGGUGCUGAAGGUGGUUGGGGAGAAAGUGCAGAUCACUUGUAUGCAGCAGCAUGGAGUGAGGAAUGUUUUUGUCUGGCCCUCUGUGCUAAACAUUACCUUCUACUAUGAAGGAGAUGUAGCUCAGUUGAUAGAGCAUGGUGUUUGCAACGCCAGGGUUGUGGGUUCGAUUCCCACAAGGGGUAUGAAAAAAAUUAAAUAAUGUAAGUCGCUCUGGAUAAGAGCGUCUGCUAAAUGACGUAAAAUGUAAAUGUAAAAAGUCAAUGAUCAUUGAGCCCGAGCCGUUGAGCUCAAGAGCAUCUGGGCUGUCCGACACAGACUGGGAUGCUUUCCUGUCACACUAGUGCAACAACAUCAAAAACACUGUUUUAAGAAUGCAAGUUUGAUUAUUGUCAACUUAAAUGAGUUUGUGAUACAACUUGUGAUAAUUUCUUUGUUUCUUGAAAUUGUAAUGUAAUGUAGAAAAACUGUUUAAUGCAUUUUAUAUUUUUAUGUUUGAAUGUUGAAUUAUUGUUAAAUAAAUUCAUCAUAAUGCAUCAUUUUAAUCCUGUUUUUAGAAGUCCAUUGUCAUGUUCAUGAUGAAAUGUUUCUGCGUGAUUAUCAUUUGAGUCACAUUUUUUGUAUUUUAUUAAGCAUUAAAGGCUUCAUUGUUGUUGAAUAGGAAGCCAUGUUUACUCUUAUUGUGUGUGUGUUUGAUUAAGAUGGAAACAGAGAGAGAGAUCUGCCUAAAGAAUUACACCAUAACAAAAUAGUAAUGCGGUGCGACUAGCAAUGAUCAUUUGGUACAACCAGUGUUUUUAAUGUUAAAAAACAAUUAUAUUAUGUUAUUGUCUCAAACAUGCAGAGAGAAGCUCAGUCUAUAAGAGAAAAUGCAUUUCUGUAAAAUGUUAUAUGGUUUUCAUUUAACAGAAGUUGUAGUUGACAGUCAUUCAAAAUGAGGGUUCCUCCAGUGAAAAUAUAUGUAUUAUACUGUAACUUAUAACUUCUUUAAUGUUGAAUAUUUGAGACCAUGCAUAUAUUCAUAUUUUACUCUUCUUUGCUUGAAAUAAUGGUCCGAAAACCUUUUUUAAAUUUGUAUUCAUGGUUGCACCGAAUGACUUUCUUUAGGAGGUCAAUUUAACAAUCGCAUAAAAAAACAAAUUUUUAACAAUUAUUUUUUGCGACAAACCCUGAAAGUGCAUAGGUAACACUCAAGGGAACAUAACAAGUAUUUAAAAUUAAAUUGUUUUCCCUUUUCACUUUUUUUUCACUUUUUAAAACCUUAUACGUCAUUGACCCGUUUUAAAGCUGUGGUUGUGAGUAGAUGCGCUUGUUUUGAGAUCAAAGCCAGAGCUGCAUAUAGCCACCUGUGCACAUUUUUUAAUAUCCUUUGCUAGUUAGUGAGUUAUUAGCCCAGUUAUAGAUCAUUUGUAGUCAGCAAUAGGGGAGUGAUUGCUUCCUACAAGAGCACAAAAUGUGCAUUUCUAGACAUCUUUGAAAAGUGUGUCAGGUAAAGAGCUUUUUUUUUGUCUUAAAGUAGCAGUGUUGUAUUUUGAGACAGGCUUGAAUAAGCUAAGUAGCCAAUAGGCAGAGGGUAGCAUAAUGUGUCUGAUUCUCUGUAAUAAUGGUAUGGGAAUAAUAAUGCAUUUUAUUUUGUAAAGUGGUUUCUUGCAUCAAAUAACACAACAACAUUUUUAGUCACUUCCUUGUCUGAAGGACAAGUGGAUAAACAGGUUAAUGUCAAGCCCUGCAUAUUUUUUUCCAAAGUCUAAUGGAAUGUAGGCCUACAUUGAACACCACACAUUGGCUGCUUCUGUAGGAUGAAUGAUAGAACAGCUAUUUCCAUGUUAAAAUGUUAUGGGAUGCAUUUUCUCCAUUGUUUUUGAUGAUAGGCCACUCUGGUAGGACUACAUUAUGAUCAAAUAGCCACAUUAGCCUACUUGGCCACUGUUAAAACUGUAACUUAAAGCGGGUACAGCCUGUGUUCACAGUAAAAAAAGAAGGUAACAUUGGCUGUAGGCCCAUUCGUUGCAGCCGUAUUCAUGAUGUACGUAUUCCAUAUUCAUGAUGUAUAAUACACAGUGAGGCAACGUUAUCAACUCACCUAGCUGACUUGCUAAACUAUAUGUAACAAAAAUAUAAACGCAACAUGUGAAGUGUUGGUCCCAUGUUUCAUGAGCUGAAAUAAAAGAUCCCAGAAAUGUUCCAAAUGCACAAAAAGCAGGAUUGUCCAACAGAGCUGUUGCCAGAUAAUUUUAUGUUCACUUCUCUACCAUAAGCCACCUCCAACGUCAUUUUAGAGAAUUUGGCAGUACAUCCAACCUGCCUCACAACCGCAGGCCACGUGUAACCAUGCCAGCCCAGGACCUCCACAUCCGUCUUCUUCACCUGCCGGAUUGUCUGUGGAGGGGGAAGGAGGGUGCUGAGGAGUAUUUUUUUAAAUAUUUAAUUUUGUAUUUUUUGUUGUUGUAUAUUACCCCCUUUUUCGUGAUAUCCAAUUGCGAUCCAAUUACGAUCUUGUCUCAUCGCUGCAACUCCCCAACGGGCUCGAGUCAUGCGUCCUCCGAAACAUGACCCGCCAAACCGUGUUUCUUAACACCUGCCCGCUUAACCCGGAAGCCAGCUGCACCAAUGUGUCAGAGGAAACACUGUUCAACUGACGACCGAAGUCAGUCUGCAGGCGCCUGGCCCGCCACAAGUAGUCAAUAGAGCGCGAUGAGCCAAGUAAAGCCCCCCUGACCAAACCCUCCCCUAACCCGGACGAUGCUGGGCCAAUUGUGCGCCGCCCUAUGGGACUCCCGGUCACGGCCGGUUGUGACACAGCCUGGGAACGAACUCGGGUCUGUAGUGACGCCUCAAGCACUGCGAUGCAGUGCCUUAGACCGCUGUGCCACUCGGGAGGCCGCUGAAGAGUAUUUCUGUCUGAAAUAAAGCCCUUUUGUGGGGAAAAACUCAUUCUGAUUAGCUGUGCCUGGCUCCCCAAUUGGUGGGCCUGGCUCCCAAGUGGGUGGGCCUAUUUUAUUUUUAUUUUAUUUCACCUUUAUUUAACCAGGUAAGCCAGUUGAGAACAAGUGGCCCGCCCAGUCAUGUGAAAUCCAUAGAUUAGGGCCUAAUGAAUUUAUUUAAAUUGACUGAUUCUUCUAUGAACUGUAACUCAGUAAAAUCUUUGAAAUUGUUGUGUUUAUAUUAUUGUUCAGUAUAUUUGUCAUUUAUGUUUGUGUUUGACAGCAUAUCACAGUGCGAAAAGCAGCUGAUGGCCGUGUUGUUUUAUCCAAGUGCCAGAAGUACCAAUUGUAUCAUUGCCCCUUCUGCCAGCCCUCCAUUUUCAAGCCCCGAGACUAUGCCAGUGUGUCGGCACACAUUGAGUCUCACAGAUUGAAGGCUGUGCUGCAUAGAGGUAAUCACGUACAGUGAUGUUACACUUAGCUACACAUACUAACCACGUGAAGCCUUCCAUUCAUUAUGCUAGUUUAGCACAUGAUACCAUGAUUAUUAUAAACCGGGAAACUUUGGGUCCUGGAUGCUGAUCGUUUUAUUUUCUCUAUUUCAGAGUUCACAAUAUUCAUCUGCCAUUUGGAGUGCAGAGCAGCAAAGCAUUUCCACUGCCCAUACUGCCCCAAGACCUAUGUAAAUAGGAGUGAUUUUACCAAACACAUUCCACAAUGUGAGUCAGUACGUGGGCGAGCCCCAGGUGCAACUGCCAGAGCCCCAGAUGUAACCAGUGCAACUGCAAGAGGCCCAGAUGUAACCAGUGCAGCUGCGAGAGGCCCAGAUGUAACCAGUGCAACUGCGAGAGGCCCAGAUGCAGCCAGUGCAACUGCGAGAGGCCCAGAUGCAACCAGUGCAACUGCGAGAGGCCCAGAUGCAGCCAGUGCAACUGCGAGAGGCCCAGAUGCAACCAGUGCAACUGCGAGAGGCCCAGAUGCAGCCAGUGCAACUGCGAGAGGCCCAGAUGUAACCAGUGCAACUGCGAGAGGCCCAGAUGCAGCCAGUGUAACUGCGAGAGGCCCAGAUGCAGCCAGUGCAAGUGCGAGAGGCCCAGAUGUAACCAGUGCAACUGCGAGAGGCCCAGGUGCAGCCAGUGCAACUGCGAGAGGCCCAGAUGCAGCCAGUGCAACUGCGAGAGGCCCAGAUGUAACCAGUGCAACUGUGAGAGGCCCAGAUGUAACCAGUGCAACUGUGAGAGGCCCAGAUGUAACCAGUGCAACUGUGAGAGGCCCAGAUGUAACCAGUGCAACUGUGAGAGGCCCAGAUGUAACCAGUGCAACUGUGAGAGGCCCAGAUGUAACCAGUGCAACUGUGAGAGGCCCAGAUGUAACCAGUGCAACUGUGAGAGGCCCAGGUUCAGCGUGUCCAGCUGUGAGACCUGCAAGCAAGAGGAAAAUCAAAUGUCGUAACUGCAGUUUAUGGCUUAACAAAAAUAACCUGACGAAACAUCAACUAAGGAAGCAUACAUCUGCUGAGAAGGACAUUACAGCUCACUCCAAUCUCAAGAGUCAGUGCUUUGUCCAGGACAAUUGGGUGUUUGCAGAGGAUCAACACAUUUUCCCUGUCUCUCCUUCUCCUGGUGAGCAGCAAUACAUAAUAUAUACACUGAGUGUACCACCAUUAGGAACAUCUUCCUAAUAUUGAGUUGUAUCCCCCCCUUUGCCCUCAGAACAGCCUCAAUUCGUUGGGGUAUGGACUCUACAAGGUGUUGAAAGCGUUCCACAGGGAUGCUGGCCCAUGUUGACGCCAAUGCUUCCUACAGUUGUGUCAAGUUAGUUGGAUGUCCUUUGGGUGGUGGACCAUUCUUGAUGCACACGGGAAACUGUUAAACUUGAAAAACCCAGUAGCGUUGCAGUUCUUGACACACUCAAACUGGUGCGCCUGGUACCUACUACCAUACCCCGUUCAAAGGCACUUAAAUAUUUUGUCUUGCCCAGUCAGCCUCUGAAUGGCACACAUACACAAUCCAUGUCUCAAUUGUCUCAAGGCUUAAAAAUGCUUAUUUAACCUGUCUCCUCCCCUUCAUCUACACUGAUUGAAGUGGAUUUAACAAGUGACAUCAAUAAGGGAUCAUAGCUGUCACCUGGACAGUCUGUCAUGGAAAGAGCAGUUCCUAAUGUUCCUAAUGUUUUGUACACUAAUAUUUACAAAUGCCAAUACCUCACUCACUCAUGUUUCAGUACCAGCGGUGGAGGGAGAGAUGGGAAGGAUGUGUCCAUUCUACGCCGAGGAUACCCACUGGGCACAGACGUCUAUUCCACGUUGAUUCAACAACGUUGAUUCAACCAGUGUGUGCCCAGUGGGUAGACACAUCUUCCAUGUCUCCCCUACUCCUGGUGGGCAGCAAUAUACACUUACCUCACUCUUGUCCACCUCUUUGUGUUAUAGUGAAAUGCCCCUUAAAAUGUCUUUCAGCGCUCAUUCGGGAAAUGCUUACCAAGCAAGAGGUGAUACUGGAACAACAGACACUCAUCCUACGACUGUUACAAACAGGACAGCAAAAUGGAGCAGAAUAUGCGAUUGAAGAAGGCCUUCUGCCGUUGAAGGAUCAGCAAGGUCUCCAGAGCCUGGAAACUGAUCUUCAGGGGGCUGACUUCAAAGUUAAACUGGUGAGUUUCAUUCCACUUUGUAUCUUAAGCUCUUUUUUAGAGAUUCAAUGGGAGUUUAUGGGAUUAAAUUAAUUGUUCAGUUAAGCAAGACAAAAACAUUAUUAUUUAUGUCCACAAAAACAUUUUGAUGAAAAGGAAAAGGCUCCCUGUAAAAACGUUUCAACUUGAUGUAGGAUAAAAGCUUAAUGUUUCGAUGCUCAGAAUAAGCAUACGUGUUUCUUAAAACCAUAUAUGCUUCUCUCACCUGGGGAAAAGCGGCAGUCAAUUGUGGAUAUAAAUUGUAUGUCAAUUGAUACAUUAUUCAAAUGUAUUUUUCCUUUAGAUUAACCACUUGAGCCUAAUUGGGGGAUGCGAUGUGAAAGAUGCUGUGUGGCGUUUAAUGAGGCGCACAAUUUCCAAUGCGCUGGCAAAAAACAUGAAUUGGAGAGGAGUAAAUCGGAAAAUCUCACUUGCAUCCCUUCAACUGAGAGAGGUUUUGAUUGGUAAGGAUUUCUCAUAUUUACAAAUGUCUCAUCACGACACAAAUAGCCUGCAAUGCAAUUACCAUUACAUUUUACAGUAUUCCGUUCUCCCUGUUGCAACUGCCUUUUCACAUCUUUGAAACCACUUGUGCUCUUGUUCAUUAGCUGUUGUCCGGAAGAAUCCGUUAACAUCUAGAGCGUCCGAAAGUGAUGUGGAGUCGGUCAUGAAA